AUGUUGCAGAACAAUGCGCGCGCAGAGCUUUAUGCAGUGAUAGUGGCCAUGGCAUGGUGCCGUUUUCAUGCAUGCUCAGCAAUUGUCUACACGGACUGCGCGUAUGUGAAGGAUGGUUACGACUACUUGUGUCGGCAUGGCGCCGUUCCAUCUGCCUGGAAGGACGAAGACCUGUGGGAGCUGGUCUUGCAGCUUCUUGCUAGUUUGGACGGCAUAGUCACACUGAUCAAAACCUCAGCGCAUGUGGAUGUGGCGGCACUUGUUGAUGUAGCUGACUCUGACCUGGUGUGGCAGGCACACUGGAAUGAGGCAGCAGAUGUUGCUGCCAAGUCAGCUCGAAUGAAUGCGGGCACGGCUGGUGAGGGCUUUCAGUGGCACGACUGCCAGGGCUCUCACGGAUUGGAUCUCGAGUUUAGAUUUGGAGCCCACGGCGCCAUGGCGAUGUCGGCCCUGUCCUGGGAGAGCAUCGGCCUCAUUGGCCUCACCGCGACGGAGGUGGUACGCUUGCUGCAGCAGCACAAGUCCUGUGAGCAGCACGAGACCUGGAGCCGGCGGGACUGCGCGGCGGCGCUGCGAACUGUUCGAAUCGAUAUGAUCAACACCGUCCGCGAGGAGAUGAGAGAUCAGGUGGAGGUGGUCCUGCGAAGUCUGCAGGACAUGAUGGUCAUGUCUUCCUUGGUGCUGGUGGUGGGCUUCGGCUCGGUGAGCGAGGGCACCUUCCCGGAUCCGGAGGAGGAUGAUGUCACGUACCCAGGUCUUCAGAGCUUCUUCUUGGAGCUCUAUGCGUGCCUGGCCGCCCUAACGCUGGUCUUGUCCUUGGGCUCGCUCCUGCUCAGUAUCGCCAUCUCCCAAGAGUUGCAGUUCUUCCUCUCUGCCUGCACGGCUGACUUGCAGCGCCAUGUGCGCAGGGCCUUGCAGCGCGAUUGGCCGGUGGAAAGCCGGGAGGCGUUGGAGGACUCAAAUGACUCAGAUGCCUUGCAAGCUGUGCUGGAGGAUGCCAGGGCGGUGCACGGUCUGGCUCAGGGCCUCAUGCGCCAGGUCAGCUACUUUCAACGGCUCUACCCCUUGGCGCACAUCCUGCUCUUCUCGGGCAUGCUUUGUGCGGUAUUCGAAUGCUCGGUGCUGCUGAGCUUGAUUCUGGUGCACCACUUUCCCAGCAUGCCCGUGCUGUGGCAGACUUACUGUGGGACGGUGUUGCUGGGAGUCUCUUUGUCCUCCGGCGUCAGCUUGUGGGCCAUGUGGAAGAUCAGCAGCCCGCGGGAAGAGCCUGAGGAGCACAGUGCCUUGAGCCCCGUGCGUCGCAGAUCCCGGUCCGGCAGGUUCAACCAGAGCCGAUUGGAUCAGCUGCGGGAGCCGCUCCUGUGA